AUGGCGAGUGAGGUCGUUGCUUUCUUCUUCGACGUCGUCGACGCUGUAAAGCUUCUUAAAGCUUGCAAAGGGAAUGGUGAGGAGUUCAUCAAUGAGUUCAUGAGUAUUAGUAAAACAUCUCAUGUAAACAGUGUUGCAUUGCUCGAAUUCUGUCUCAAAGGUAACAAGAAAAAAGCUCUUGUCUAUGAAUUCGUGCUGAAUGGAUCGCUUGAAAAGUAUAUACAUAACAAUGAUCCUGUAACCAAUCCACCUUUGAGUUGGGAAAGGCUACACCGGAUUGCGAAAGGGAUAACUCGAGGGCUAAAAUACUUGCACCGAGUUUGCAACACGAGGAUUCUCCAUUUCGACAUAAAACCAAACAACAUCCUCCUAGACAAGAACUUUAACCCUAAAAUCUCAGAUUUUGGGUUGGCUAAGCUGUGCUCAAAGACACACAGCAUUGUCACAAUGUUAGAUGCUAGAGGGACAAUAGGGUACAUAGCUCCAGAAGUAUGGAACAGACACUUUGGUGGAGCAUCGCAUAAAUCUUAUGUAUAUAGUUACGGAAUGAUGAUUCUGGAAAUGAUGGGGGGGAAGCAUAAUAACAUAAAUGCUGAGGUAACUAGUCAUUCUAGUGAGUUGUAUUUUCCUCAUUAG